AUGCCCCUAGAUCCAGCCUCGGUUUCUUCAUCAUCAAUCUUGUUGCCUCCGUUGCGUGGAUGGGUAAAGGUGAAUUUUGAUGCUUAUGUUGCGAAUGGUACAAUUCGUGCUCUUGGAAUUGUCAUCCGGGACAGUUUUAGAAAGAUCCUUGUGACCGGUGUGCGAAGAUUGAAGGCUCGGUGGUCCGUUGACAUGAGCGAAGCUGCUGCAGCUCUUUUCAGCCUUGAAGUUGCGUCAAGGUUUGAUUUUGAGCAUAUCCAGCUCGAAGGUGACUCCUUAACAAUGAUUUCCGCAAUUAAUAAUAAAAAGGAUGGCUUUUCUCCUGUUCACUUCCUUUAUGAUAGCAUUUUUGCUUUGAGCUCUAAUUAUUGGGGUUUUGGGUGUAGCUUUGUUAAAAGAGAUGGCAACUUGCUUGUCCACUUAGUUGCUAGAUGGGAUACGGGUUUGGCCAAUGAGAAAAUUUGUAUCGAACCUUUCCCCCAAGGCCUUCAAACCUUGGCUGAUCUUGAUUUAUGCUAA